UCUCUCCGGUUGAGCUCUUGCUGUAGGAGCACCAACCCGACGAGCAUCAUUUUUGUCAGUGCACAGAGGAAAGCUGUAGGUGCAGGCACAGGAACCCCCUUUGCCUGACAGGAGCUUUACAAAGGAAGGUCAGUCACCAGGUACCCAUUGCGCAGGCAAAGGAAGCUGAGACUCGUGCAAAGCCUCUGGCAAAGGUGGAAACAAAACCUCGGGCUGUGAUCCUGCAUUAGCAGCCGUCUGGAUCUGCCUGCCUGGAGCUCCUUGCAGAUGAGCAGUCUGGAACUGGACCGGUGAAGAUGUAACUCCCUUUGUGCCUGCUGCUCCUGCUGAUCCCCCCCAAACGCUGCCCUCUCGCUGCCGCUGGUGCCUCCCAGAGCUCUCCCACCGCAGCACUUGGUCUCAGCAGGGCUCAACACCCGGCUACUCCCACUGAUGCCUCGAGGACGAGGCGAGAGCUUGCUCAGCCAGUUGGGUAUGAAAAACUCGUUCGUACUUCCUAGUGGCAAGACCAUGUGUGGAUGCUCUGAUGGUUCUAAUUGAUGUCCAAGGAGAAAGCUUGGUGAUUUAGAGAUGAAGAGGAAAAGAACUGCACCCUUGCAAACCAAAGAAUCCCCACCAGAAGCAGAAAGACAAUUGGAAGUACAGUGGUGACCCGUGGGAUGUAAUCGCCACGGAAGGGAAGAGCGUGGACGGCACCGUGUCAGGGAGCUGCAAGCCUUGGUGGAUGCAAACGCAGGCUCUCUGCUGACGCAAAGCACUCUGACAGGAAAAGGCUCUCUGCUGCUGGUCUCUGGCUUCCUCCAGCCUGCGGGCAGAGGGGACUUUGUGUCUGUGUCUCUAGUUCCUUGAUACUGUCACCGUGCUGCCCACCGUGACUCCGCAAAGGGACUUGGAGUUCCUGUUUUGUUGCAGAUGUCAUUCCUUUAGCUGUGGAAGGCUUUAUCAGCCCUUGUGGAGGCUUUCCCCUGCGCACAGCACCCAAGGCUGCAACUGUAGUGGAGGAAAAUGGAGCCUGCAGAUCUUCUGGCACUUGUCUCCCCAGGAAUGAACAGUACCACAGCCACCCUGGCACUGCUGGCAGUCCUGCUGGUCCUGCUGUAUUGGUACUCCACAUCUGCGUUCUCCAAACUAAGCAGAGUAGGGAUCCAACAUCCUCCACCUCUUCCCUUCAUUGGAAACCUGCUCUUUUUCCGGGAGGGUUUUUGGGAGAGCCACACAAAACUCAUAAAAGAGUAUGGACCUCUUUGUGGGUAUUAUAUUGGUCGCCAGAUGUUUGUGGUGGUCUCCUCACCAGAGAUGAUCAAGCAAAUCUUAGUGGCAGAUUUUAGUAACUUCACCAACAGAACUAAGCCGAAGUUGAUAUCCAAGCCAAUGCUUGAUAGCAUCCUUUGUCUUCGUGAUGACAGAUGGAAGUUUGUGCGGAGCCUCCUGACCCCAGCCUUCAGCGAUACCAAACUGAAAGAGAUGACACCCUUGAUAAACAAGAUUUGUGACACUCUGCUGUGUAAUUUGAAAGUCUACGCAGAUUCUGGCAAAGCUUUUGAUAUCCAGAGGUGUUACAACUGCUUUACCUUGGAUGUCGUUGGUAGCGUAGCUUUUGGUACUGAAGUGGACUCUCAGAAGAAUCCUGAUGACCCCUUUGUUAAGAAUUCCAGAACAUUCUUUGAAAUGUCUUUGUUUAAGCCUCUUCUCAUUCUAAUCCUUUCUUUCCCUUUCGUAAUGAUCCCAUUGCUACGCAUUUUUCCCAACAAGAAACAAAAUGAACUUAAUGAAUUUUUUAUCCAAACCAUAAAAAAUGCAAUUGUCCACAGACACCAGCAAGAUGCAGCUCAGAGGCGCAGAGAUUUUCUCCAGUGGAUGCUUGAUGCCUGCGACUUAGCCACGGCAGCUGGGUGCUCGGGUGUGCUCAGCCCAUCUGCUGCUCCCAGACAGGAUGAGGCGCCUCUGGCUGGCACAGCCCCAUCUGAAAAGGCUCAGAAGAUGCUGACAGAGGAUGAGAUAGCAGGCCAAGCUUUCCUGUUCCUGAUUGCUGGCUAUGAGACCACCACGAGCACGCUGUCCUUUGCCACCUACUUGCUGGCCACCAACCCGGAGUGCCAGGAGAAGGUGCUGCGGGAGGUCGAUGAGUUCUCUGCAAAACAUAUGGUGCCUGAUUGCCAAAAUGUUCAAGAACUCCCUUAUCUGGACAUGGUGAUUGCAGAGACGUUGCGCAUGUACCCACCUGCGUUCAGAUUCACUAGGGAAGCAGCUAAAGACUGUGUGGUGCUGGGGCAGCAUAUUCCAGCUGGAGCUGUCAUUGAAAUUGCAGUUGGACACCUUCACCACAACCCUGAGUUCUGGCCAGAACCUGAGAAGUUCAUUCCUGAGAGGUUUACAGAGGAGGCCAAGAAGGAACAACAUCCCUUUGCAUAUCUGCCCUUUGGGGCAGGACCCCGUGGCUGCCUUGGCAUGAAAAUGGGUUUGUUGGAGACCAAAAUGACUCUGCUGAGAAUUUUGCAGAAGUUUAAAUUCAAGACCUGCCCAGAGACUGAGAUUCCUUUGCAGCUCAAAUCAAAAGCCACACUUGGACCAAAAAAUGGAGUCUACAUCGUGCUGGAAUCUCGCUAAAAGGGAAUGUGCAUCCUGAAGCUUUCUGGAAUGAGAGCCUUUGUUAGUGAGUCACUGGGUAUAACUGUUUUUCAAAACUCCAAGCACAGGUAGGAGCCUAAGUUCCACUGAUGGUCAGUAGGUGCUUCUUCACUGCUCUCCUGUGGGACAGCCUCCAGUCACUUUUUAAAAUGGGCUCCACAGCCUUUUUUGGAUGUUUUCAAAUUGCUGUGAAUAGUAUCUACAAAGAAGCAUCCCACUUUCAUUUGCUUUUGUUCAUCACACUUCUUUUCAUUUAUCUGUGAGAAUGCUUUCCUCAUGCUCAGUUUCCACAAUUUACAGUAGAUUUUAAUUUCAAUUCAUUGUAUGACACAUCCUUCUCAUGAACUUGUGAGUCCCUAGAGAAAGCCCCAAAGGCACCACAGUUACAGCAGAAGACCUGGGAUGCAGUGCAUUGGAUUUUUUCAUGAACGCCACCAACAAUCAAAGCUGAGGCCCCUGUACAAUGCUUAAUCUCCACCUGUGUCUGUAAAGUCAAAGAAGUUGCACCUCCUCCAUGCUUUUAAAUGAUUUUAAAUACACUUAGAUUAACGAUUUGCACUUCCAUCAACAUGACAGAAGAAUGAACCAGUAAAUUCCAGCAGCUAAGACCAAAGAAAUGAGGUGACAGCCAUUUUUCUGUCUAUUGAGCUGCUGUUGGAAAGGUGGAGACAAAGAAGAUAAAAAUUUAAAGCAAGCAGGAGGACUGGAGGAAAUUUAAAGGUAAUCAGAAGCUGUUGGUACUGCAUCUGCUUCAUGGGGAGGCCUUUCCUUUCCAAACAUUGCAGUUGGCACCACCUCUGUCUAUCUUGAAUCAAGGAAAUUAAGAGCAUGUGUGCACCAGAGCUGGUGGCAAAGGAGUGGGAUCCAGGAUCAUCAGCAGCUCUCUUGACUCCUGUGACACUGGAGCAGGUCAUGUCCCAGGUGCCUCACCCCCUCAGGAAGGAUUCUGUCUGAUUGCCAGCUGCAGCAGCCCCAUGGAUCCCUUCAAGCUGUGUGACUGUGCACAUGCAUCUUCCCAGCCAAAACAAUUAUAGUUUCCACUCCUCACAUUCCCUCUGUGCUACACUUCUGCAAAGCCUCCCCUGCCACAGCUGGUGUUGCACAAGAAGAUGGAAGGGGGCACAGCUGGGCCAGCUGACCCCCACUGCACACAGGGACAUUCCACACCCUAUGGCACCAUGCUCAGCACAUAAAACUAGGGGAAAAAGAAAGGGAGAUGACAUUCCAAGUGAUGGCAUUUGCCUUCCCAAGUCACUGGUGUGCCUGCUGGAGCUCUGCUUCCUGGGGUGGUGGAACACCUGCCUGCACAUAGGAAAUGGUGAAUGAAUUCCUUGUUUGGUGUGUGGCUUUUGCUUUAAGUAUUAAACUGUCUUUAUCUC